AUGGUGAAUCCUCAAGUAACUAACCUGGCCAUCAUCCUUGUGAUGAUGCAGCUGGCGAAGAAGGUUCCUUUUGACAACCCGGAUGUCCUCUUCCUUGUCCGUUGCAUAUACCUCGCGUCCAAUGUGAUCAUUCUUGGACUUUACAUGUAUACGCAAUCCAAGAUCAAUCAGAAGAAGGAUAUGACUACUCUGAAGUACGUCGAGCCUGCCCCCAUGGGCAGUGGCGAGGAGCCUCGCCCCGUGACUACCACCAACAUGGAUUACGACAAGGGACAACUGCGCCAAUUGAUGAAGUCGCAGCUCAUGGGAGUGGGUAUGAUGGGUGUCAUGCACCUGUACUUUAAGUACACCAACCCCCUCCUGAUUCAGUCGAUCAUCCCUCUGAAGAGCGCAUUGGAGUCGAAUCUCGUUAAGAUCCAUGUUUUCGGGAAGCCCGCCACUGGAGAUCUUCAGCGUCCUUUCAAGGCCGCCAACAGUUUCCUGAGCCAGGGCCAGGUCAAGAGCGACAAGGCCUCCGUCGAGAACGCCGAGAAGAACUGGCGUGGCGGUGUCAAGGAGGAGUAA